CUCAUGCCAGGCCAGGUGCAGCUGUCCUACCGAGGCCAGCACAGCGCCCUGGCGGCGGCACUGGGCACGCGCGCCGGCCAGUGUCAGGCGGCGGGCCAGACCUACGUAGAAGACCUCGCCUGCGGGAAGGCGCGGGAGAAGACCAAGCCAGAGAACCAGCAGGAGAAGGCUCUCAAGUUAAAAAGCUGCCCCAUCUUGUCAAUUCUCCACACCCCAACCUCUCCCAACCCACAAGCCAACUCACCCUGUUCCCCAGCCACAAAGAGCAGCAUCUGGAGAAUCAGGAGGCCUGAGACCCAGACAGACAUGGCCCCCAUCCUGGACCUGAAACAAGAUGGAGAGGAAGGAAGGGGUGAGGACGUGAAGACUCUGAGACUCUGAGCGUGAACAAGGUCGCGCUUUGGCGGCCGGGAUUUGAACCCGGACUGAGCCCAGCUCUUAGUCCUGCGAGGCUUUGUGGAACCGAGAUGACCCACUCUUUGGUUUGUCCAGAGACAGUGAGCAGGGUGAGUUCGGUGCUGAAUCGUAACACUCGGCAGUUUGGAAAGAAGCAUCUGUUCGACCAGGACGAGGAGACCUGUUGGAACUCGGACCAGGGCCCCUCCCAGUGGGUAAUACUGGAGUUUCCCCAGCGCAUCUGUGUCUCCCAGCUGCAGAUCCAGUUCCAGGGGGGCUUUUCCAGUCGCCAGGGCCGCCUCGAAGGUUCUCAGGGGAGUGAGGCUCUUAGCAAGAUUGUGGACUUUUAUCCUGAGGACAACAACUCGCUUCAGACUUUCCCUGUGCCAUCUGCUGAGGUGGACCGGCUGAAAGUGACAUUUGAGGACACCACUGAUUUCUUUGGCCGAGUGGUCAUCUACCACCUGCGGGUGCUAGGGGAGAAGAAGGUGUGAGGCCACUGGGUGGCUGCCUCGUCCAGGAAGUUCUCUGGGAAGCACAGUGAAGUCCUUCAAGUUCUGCACAGAAGGUUUAUUGGUUCCUCUUGGAAAGGGCCCCCUCCCACCGUCUGUCCAGGAGCUGCCUUUGAAGCCAGUUCUGGGUUCCCCCAGCUCUGGGUCGACCAUUUUGUUCCCUGAGUGUCUGAGUCCCUGGCAGACGGCGUUCACUCAGGGGUGGCGGGCACCAGGUUGCUCUGGAAGAGUUUAAGGAUGUGGUUCUCGAUCACCUGUUGCACUGGAAACAGAACAGGGAAAAGGUGGGCCAUGAACUUAACAGCGGCUGCAGAGGCACAGGCCAACCUGUACCUUCCCCUCAGGGCAAGAACAGGGGCCUCAGCCCUGGGACCUGGAUGGAGGACCCAUUUCAUACACAGGGAAAUCCAAGCCCUUGCCAGAGCACAGCUGGGAAGACAGAGGCCCCCCUCUUAGGAGCCUCUAUUUCCCCUGAGUUUGUAAAGAUGCAUUUUUGGAGGCUUUUCAGAAUUAUAAAAAUAUUCCUUACCAAAUAAAAUUGUCCAAUUGGAACUUUUAUGAAAAGA